AUGCCAGAAGGAAAACUGUUUUUAAUACUUACGACUACUUUAUUCUUAAGCCUAAAAGCAGCUCCAGAUCUAACGUUUGGUCGAUCAGUUAGUCCAGGACCAGACUCGUCCGCACAGUUUAGAUCUGCAGUCUUACCUAAAAUCUUUGGAGGACAAGAAGUUAGAACUCCUCUUACUGUGGUAGGUUUACAUAGCUUUUAACUUUAUUUAGUUAUUGGUUUUGCUUUAAAUGGCAAGAACUUUGUUUAGAAAACAAAAAACGGCAAGAAUUUUCUUUACAAACUUAAAAUUGCAAAAAAAUUCUUUACAAAACAAAAAAUAACAAAGACUUUCUUUACAAACCAAAGAAUAGCAAGAACUUUCUUUACAAAGUAUAAAAUGGCAAGAACUUUCAGACCGGACCAUAUGGCCAACGCCAGAAGUACUACAAACCUUUAAACAACUCCAAGUCAGGACCAAGUUCUAAUACAAACCAGAAUUUACUGGACCCUCAAGCUUUACCGGUCGAUAAUCAAGAUUCUUUACAAUCGUCUGAUCAAGAUACGGUACCCUUAUUACCGGCCGAUCAACCUACAAUACCACUACCAUCAAAUUGCCCUCAAUCUCCAUUCACCAAAUAUUUAAAUUUGUCGCAACAAGAGCAACUUUUCCAAGUUGUCCGCGACGCCCGCGACCAAAACUUUGAUGAAGCGUCAGUAAAGAAAGUCAUGAUUGAUUACAUGAGAAACACGCUGGAUACUGUAACUUUUUCCAAAUUUCAAACUGAAAACCGAGAAUUCGAAAAACAUUUGGUUUUACGACCGGUCGAUGUGAGGUCGACGAGAGGAAAAAGAGAAGCGAGGAAAAUGUGGAAGAGAAAGCCUAAGCGGUAUAUUGUCAGAGUAAGUUCUAUUUAAAGGGUAUUUAGGCUGGAACAAGACGUAGGUUAGAACUUGCUUUAAUGCUUUCAGGCGCUCUAGCUGUGGUCUUAGACAGUCUAAACCUCAGCUUAAUCAAGAGCUAGAGAUAAAGCUACAGUUGAAACUUGAGCUUGAGUUUCAUCAAGGUGCAAGAGCAAAGGCCAGGACUGGGAGCUAAGGCUUGGUGCUAAAGGUCGGGGCUAGGAACGUGGGCUGAAGCUGCUGGCUAGAAGCUGAAAUAAGUAGACAUAACGAACGGGUCGGACUCGUUUCGUCCUGACCUACCACCGGGCCGAGUCGGCGCCGGACCUGAACAUGAACGCCCGGUUCAAAAAGCCCGGCUUGUUUGCAAGUAAAAAAUAAAUUUUCUUCAAGCCCAGGUCGAACUGGGCUUUGGAAGAAAAUUUAAAUCAGGCCACGCUUAACAUUUAGGCCCGCUCCGUUCCUCAUGUCUGGGGGUCUGGCUUAGGGCUAUGGGCUAGGGCUCUGGACUGGAGCUCUGGGCUAGGGCUUUGGGCUAGGGCUCUGAGCUAGGGCUCUGGGCUAAGGCUCUGGGCUAGCGCUCUGGGCUAGAGCUUUGGGCUAAGGCUAUAACUGACGACUAGGGCUCUGAGCUAGGGCUAUGGGCUAGGGCUCUGGACUGGGGCUCUGGGCUAGGGCUUUGGGCUAGGGCUCUGGGCUAGGGCUCUGGGCUAAGGCUAUGGGCUAGCGCUCUGGGCUAGAGUUUUCGGCUAGGGCUAGGACUGACGACUAGGGCUCUUGGCUAGAGCUCUGGGUUAGGUUUCUGGGCUAAGGCUCUGGGCUAGCGCUUUGGGCUAGGACUGACGACUAGGGCUCUUGGCUAGAGCUCUGGGUUAGGUUUCUGGGCUAAGGCUCUGGGCUAGCGCUUUGGGCUAGGACUGACGACUAGGGCGCUUGGCUAGGGACUAAAUUUCAAAGUAAACCUACUUUUUCAGAGUCAACGCGAAGUCUACGACAUUGAAAACGGCGCAGAUACAGUGAACGAAAUACCUUUACAUAGGCUGCCAGUGGUGUAA